UAUUAACAAAAAAAUGGGAAUUUGCUGCACUAAAAAGAACAAACCGAUAGUAGUGGACCCACAACCAAAAAUAAUUGAACAAAAGGAGAUUAAGUUCACACGGGGAGACUUCAUUGCCGAGAAAAAGGGAAAAUUCAAAGAUUAUUAUGAAAUUGGUCGCAGUAUUGGUGAAAGUGACCUCGGUGAAGUCAGAAUAUGAUGAAACCGAUCCACCAAAGCUGUAAGAGCAGUAAAGAUACUUAAAUAAGGAAGCUCUCCAAGGAGAUGAGAGGUAUCGCUUCCUCUAUGAAAUAGAAAUAAUGAAAUAAAUUAGAUCAUCCUAAUAUUCUCAGACUUUUUGAAAUCUUUUAUGAUGAGAAAAGAUAUUACCUCGUCACAGAACUCUGCACAGGGGGAGAGCUUUAUGAAGAAAUUGCCAAGAAGAAAAGAUUCGAAGAGCGUGACGCAGCUAUGAUGGUAAAGCAACUCCUAGAAGCUGUCAGUUAUUGCCAUGCUAACUACAUCAUGCAUCGAGAUAUCAAACCAGAGAAUAUUUUCAUUGAAGGUAAAUAGCACAAAUAUCAAACUUGUUGAAUUUAAUGCGUCCAAAAAGUUCGAGCCAGGCACAAAGUUGAAGGAUGCCUUUGGGACUCUCUAUUACAUGGCUCCAGAAGUCCUUAUGAUUGAUUAUGACGAAAAAUGAGACAUCUGGAGUGUCGGAGUAGUACUAUUUAUCCUAUUAGGAGGGUAUCCUCCUUUUGAUGGAGAUACUGAUGACGAAAUCACAAAGAAGAUUAUUGUCGGAGAUUUCAAAUUUGAUAACCCUGUCUGGAAUAACAUUUCGGAAGAAGCAAAGGACUUAAUACAUAAAUUACUUACUUAUGACCCAGCUGACCGAAUACCAGCAGUAAAAGCUCUUGAGCAUCCUUGGUUUGGAAAAUAUAUAGAAGUUGUGGAUGCUACUGCUGCUGUCACUAUGGCACUUGAGAACCUUAAAACGUUCAAGGCAGAACAGAAGCUACAGCAAGCUGCUAUCACUUUCAUCGUUUCUCAACUGGCAACUUCUGAUGAGAUACAUGAACUACAGAUAGCUUUUAAAGCUUUGGAUCAGAACAUGGAUGCUAAACUUUCCUUACAAGAACUUCGGGACGGCUACAAGAAGUAUUUCCCUGAGAUCACAGAUACUGAGAUUGACCGGAUUAUUGAAAUUGCUGAUGCUGACGGUAGUGGUGAGAUAGACUACUCGGAGUGGGUUGUUGCUUGUAUUGACAAGACAAAGCUCCUCUCUGAAAACAAAAUGAAGCAGGCCUUCAGCCUCUUCGACAAAGAUGGAGGAGGCUCUAUCUCUCCUGCCGAAGUCAAAGAGGUUUUGGGUAUCGGUGACAAAAAGUUCGAUGAGAAGAUCUGGAACGAUAUUGUCCUUGAAAUUGAUGCAGACGGCUCUGGAGAGAUUGAUUAUGAAGAAUUCAAAACAAUGAUGGAGCACCUGAUAACGAAGGAAUCUUAA